AUGAGCAACUCAACGAAGCUGAGUGUGGCGCUCUCAAGCAUCUUGGUGUUGAUGUUUCUAGUUGAUUUUGGCAGCUCAAACAUAGACCAAGAUAGGGCAGAAUGUGCAGACCAACUAGUAGGGCUUGCCCCAUGCCUUCCUUAUGUAGGUGGUGAUGCCAAAGCUCCCACACUAGACUGUUGUACUGGGAUUAAAGAAGUGGAGCAGAAGAGCAAGAAAUGCCUGUGUGUCCUAAUUAAGGACCGCGACGAUCCGAAUCUUGGCCUCAAGAUCAAUGCCACUCUUGCAUUACAACUUCCUACUUCUUGUCAUGUCCCUGUUAACAUAUCUAGAUGUGUUGAUCUCUUGAAUUUGCCAUCAAACUCUCCGGACGCCAAGAUGUUCAGGGAAUAUGCAAACAAGACUGCAGCUAGCAGCACUGUCCCUAUAGCCAGUGGGAAUUCUACAAGCAAUGGUACAGUUGCUCAAACAAAGAGUGAUGGUGUGAGCCUGGAAAAGAGAUUGCUGGGAGUAGAGAUGCUUUUUGGGAGCUUAGCCUUAAUGUGGUUUUAUACUUAA